ACAGAACCGCUGGAGAUGGAGACCGUGGCUGGGCGAGUGGUCCCAAUUGCCAUCCCUAGAUGAUGAUGAGAAAUUACAUGUAAAUGGUUGUCAAUAAAAGGAAGUGUUUACUAGACAAAUAAACGUAACCGCUAUAGCUUAUGAAAAAUAGAUCUUGGAUAGUAAUUAAAUAAAACUAGCUACAAUGAUUCUGUUUUAAUAAUAUUAAUUAUUUAUUGAUAGAUGAUUUAGAAAGAUUAAGUUAAUUUUUUAAUCACAUUUAAGGUAUUUAUCAAAAUGAUUGUCCAUUAGAGAUGAAUUUAAGAAAUAUCAAAUUUGUGUUAAAAUUAAAAUUUCCCUUUUUUUUUCAAGCAAAAUUUCCCUUUUGUUAUUCUCUUAUAUAUUAGAUAUAUUGGUCCAUGGGAGAUAAUCAAAAUAAAACUGCGAGGGCGAAAAGGAAAAGCAAGAAAGGGACCGCAGUGCACUAACGUGACGAGGCGAUGGGUGAAUUCGAAGGUAAGAUUCAAAUUUUGUGUUUAUAAUUGAGUAUCGCGGGAUUCAAACUUUACAUGGUGACAAGGUGGAAUCGGUGGGUGGAACCUGCGUUUUUACUGUGGAAACCUGAGGAUCCUGACUAUGAGAGACCUGUGUACGAUCCUGAAAAGGCUAAGUUUACGGCUCAGGAAGAACUUGACAGGAUGCGCGAACAAGUCAAUCAAAGCGAUGGUUUUGAUAUCGAUUUCGAUUACUACCGCUGCGUUUUCAACUACCAUCGUGCCUAUCUCGAUGAUAUUGAAUUUGGUGAAUUCGGGAACGAGCCGGAAACCACUGGGGAUUUUCUCACCAGACUCGCUCAGAAAUCUCUUGAGGACCACAAUGUAAAGGAGAAGAGAGAAUUCGAGUUUGUCAGGGUUGUUAAAUCCAAUUUCCACUUCUCUGCGGGGCUUAUGUUUCUGAUAACAUUUGAAGUCAUUGAUCCUUAUGAUGGCAAGACCAAACCCUUCCAAGCAAGGGUACGCUACCUCAACGAUACCUUCACUGAGUACAUCUUCUGCAGACCUAAACCCAAUAUUAUUGGAGUGAAAUACUAUGGUAAUGCCAAGACAAAUGUCGCCGCCAAGAAACAAAGAUUGGAGUCGGAGCUUUUAUAUGCUACAAGCAUGUUAAUGGAUGUAGAGGGAUUGCAAGUGGUUGGAGUACCUUCAUCCCAAAUUAUAAACUCAAAGAUGUUAUCUCCAAUGUAGAGCAUCUACUCAAUGAUGAGAAGACAGAGCCCAUGGAUCCAUGGUAUGAAGGGUUUGAAGGGACUAUUACGAAAGACGGGGAAAAUCGAUACAAAACUUUUGGUCGACUGGAGUCUUCUGGUAACGCCGAAACCCGUCUCGUGACAGAGCUGCCGAUCGAAGUCUGGACGAAUAAUUAUGUUUCUUCCUUAGAUAAAGGAAAGGAAAAUCGUGGUAAAGUGUCUGCUUUUAUCGAGGUACAAGACAAGAUUUUGGUGUUUUUGUUUUAUUCUUCUGUAUCUUUUAUUCAUAUUUUUUAGGGAGAAUUUGCUCGGUAGCCAAAUUUUGAAUGAAAAUUAAGAAAAUAGCAUUGAUUUUGACGUUAUUAAGUAA